AUGCAAGUUCCACACGAUUCUCCGACACUUCUCGAUCGUCUGAGAUCCCUAGGACUCAUCAACGUCCACUCAUCUGUAACAAAUACACCAGCGUCAACGAACCCUUCCAGCAACGCCGCUUCCGCUCAAGGAUUCCGAAAUACCUUCUUCGAUCAACUCAGCCUCAACCCAACUCCCGGGAGAGCCGCUGUUUCCGAGAGUAGUGAACCCAAUUCCACCGUCUCAACUUCAAAGAUCAACACCAAGAGCAAAGCGACUGGAUAUACGAAUAUCUUCACCCUUGGAGACUUUGCAGCUGUGGAUGCAAUUAGCAUGCUCACAGAUAGCUAUGGACGAGUCUCGCAUAUGGGCAUUCUCGAUGGCUCGUACAGCUUUUUUGUCACUACUGCUCUCAAUGCGGCUCUCUGCUUCAAGGUUAAAGAUCACGUGUGCCUCGUUGGCGGAGAUCCUCUCUGUCCUGAAGAACUGUUCUCUGAACUCCUGGAUCAAUUCGCAAAGUUCCGGCGGAAGCAUAAUUGGGGUAUUAUCUUCAUAGGAGCAAGUGAUACAUUUGCUUCAUAUGCAAGAGAACAAAGAUGGACGACAAUACAAUUCGGCAAUGAGCGUGUCCUUAACCCAGUUACAAACGCAGUCAUACAAGAAAAGACGCAAAAACGCAUCAUCAGUCAAAAUCGACAGCUUCUCAACCCAUCAAAAGGAGCUAUCACUCUAGGUAUCUAUAAUCCUUCAGUACUGAAGGAUUCGGAGCUUCAGGCCAAGCUUGUGGCAGUUUAUGACGCUUGGCGAGAAGCUCGAAACAAUAGCGGCGACCCUCAAGCUUUCAUCACAGUGUUUGAUCCGUUUGCGAUUACUGGUCUUAUGACUUAUGUUUAUACCAUGGAUCGUAUGGGAACCCCUAAUGGCUUUGCAGCGUUGCGAAGAAUUGGAGCAAAUAAUGGCUUCCACCUUGACCCUUACAUCGCUCAUCCAUCAGCGCCACGAGGCAUCAGCGACCUCUUGGUUUACUCCUCGAUGGCUCUCUUGAAUGCAGCAGGUUGUACAUACCUAUCUCUCGGCUACGAGCCUCUCACAGAAUCUGGCGAAAUAUUUGGCAUGCCGAAAUGGAUCCAAAGCUUAACAAGAAGAACACACAAGUCCGUCUAUGGAGGCUUGAAAGUGUCUGGCAAGAAGGGGUACUAUGACAAAUGGUGUCCAGACGAGGAGCAGAAGACGGGGCUGCAUCUGAUCUUUCCUGCUGGCACACCAGGUGUUCAAGACAUUGUCGCCGUGAUGCAUUUCGCCAAUAUCAGUAUCAGAGGUCUGAUACUCACGAAGAUGAAGGGAAUGACGAAGAGACAGAAGAAGGAGAUAGAUAAAAGUGAGAAAGAGACGGCAAAGAAUAAUCCUACUGAGACUCCUGAAACGGAAAUGACCACGGCGCAAACAGGUUCAGCCGAGAAGAAUACAGCGACGCCGACUCCGCCAAAGAAGGCGAGACCAGCCAAGGGUAAAUCAGCACAGAAGAAGGAUUCCGAAAAUGUAUCUGAAGAUGAUGUGGUGGCGCAGAGCACUACCCCCGAGGUGGACCCUACUACCCUUAUUCAAACCGAGGAUAGUGGGAUUGAGAUGGCAUCCGAUCAUGGCAAAAGUCCAGAUACGGGUGAGACAAGCGACAGGGUCAACGGCCAAAUUGGAGACAUGCCACAGGAUACAAAUGGUGUCUCUAGUGAGGAGCAUUUUCCAGUUCCGGAGCGAAGUCCACAGCGGGUUCUAGGAGUUAAUUGA